AUGGAUGUUGCCUGGGGCAGAGGAGGUAAAGACGCGACGUCAUCCACCGAGGACCCCAAAAACACCAAGCGCACCCUCCUCGAUGAUAGCGACUCCGAAUCAGAAGAUGGAGGCGCCGCUAUUGCCACGACCGGCUUCAAGGUGAACGAGGACUUUGCCCGUCGUUUCGAGCACAACAAGAAACGAGAAGAGAGACAAAGACUAGAGGAGAAGUUCAAGAAUACAGGAAAGCAGCCAGACAAUGACGACGACGACGACGAGUCGUCCUCGUCUGACGAGGAGGAAGAUGAAGAUGGCUUUCUUGCUACUGAAGAUCUCGACGCCCAGAUCUCUGCCACUCUCCAAGCCAUUCGAAACAAGGACCCCAAGGUCUACGACAAGGAAGUGACCUUCUACAAGCCCGAUGACCCCGCCGUCACAGCAACCGAGAAGGAAAAGAAGGAAAAGCCAGUCUACUUGAAGGAUUACCACCGAGAAAAGUACAUGCGAGGUGACACUGGUGCCGACGAUGCCGACGAGGAUGUACCCAUGACCUACAACCAGGAACAAGAUGUUCUCAAGAAUUCAAUCGUGGCUGAGAUGCAUGCUGCCGCCAAUGAAGACUCUGACGACGAGGACGGCGGUUUCAUGAAGCGAAAGGAGACAGAGGAGGCGGACUCAAAUGGUGUACACCCCUCGCGGAAAGCAGCUAUGGCCAUCACCGAGGUUGAUGUUGCCAACGCCGAUAAGAACCCUGAGACUUUCUUAUCAAAUUUCAUGAGCGCGCGUGCCUGGGUCCCCCCAGAUGGUUCGAACUGGAAAGCGUUCGAGUCGGAUGAAGGAGAGGAUGAUGAUGACCGCGCCGACCAGUUCGAACAGGCUUACAACUUGCGAUUCGAGGACCCAGAGCGGAGCAACGAAUUCCUUCGAUCAUAUGCUCGUGAUGUUGCCGCAGCCAAGUCAGUCAGGCGUGAGGAGAAGACUGGUCGCAAGCGUCAACGUGAACUCGAACGUGAGCGCAAGGAGGCCGAGAAGAAGGAGAGGCGUGAGGAGAAGGCUCGUCUAAAGAAGCUCAAGCUUGAUGAAGCCCAGGAAAAGCUGCGUAAGAUCAAGCGCACAGCUGGCAAUGCGGGCAAGGAUCUCACCGAUGAGGACUGGAUCAAGUUCCUCGACGACGCAUGGGAGGAUGACAAGUGGGAGGAGGAGAUGAGGAAGCGAUUUGGUGACGAUUACUAUGCUCAACAAGAUGAUGCUGUAGCAUCAGAGGACGAGGAACAAGACGGCGAAAAGAAGAAGUCCAAGCAUCCCAAGAAGCCAAAAUGGGAUGAUGAUAUCGACAUCAAGGAUAUCAUUCCAGAUUUCGAGGACGAUGAGAAGAAGCCAAACAUUAGCCUAAGUGAUGUCGAAGACGACGCUCAGGAGGAUGAGGAUGGUCGGGCCUCCAAGAAGCGCAAGACAGACCACAAGAAGGCCCGCAAGGAGUCCCAGAAGCAAGCUCGUCAGGAGCGCGCCAAGCUUGAGGCUCUUGUAGACUCCAAACUUGAGCUUACCGACCAUGCCAUCUUCAAGCAAUCGUCUCAUGCUCCUUUCCGCUACCGCGAGACCUCCCCUCAAUCUUUUGGCAUGACCGCGCGCGAUAUUCUCCUCGCUCCCUCCGACGCUGCCCUCAACGACUAUGCUGGUCUCAAGAAACUUGCCACCUUCCGCGACCAGGAGAAGAAGCGCAAAGACAAGAAGCGUCUCGGUAAGAAGGCUCGUCUACGCCAGUGGCGUCGUGAGAUCUUUGGAAAGGAGUAUGAGCGCGAUGGUCCUACAUAUGGCUUCGAGCGCUUGAUCUCUGCCGAUGAAGACGCUGGUGGCGCCGUGAUCGAGCCCGCGAGUGAUAAGAAGAGAAAGCACAAGAAGGAAGAUGGCGAGGAGGAUAAUGUGGUAGGCGAUGUUGGUGAGAGGAAGAAGAAGCGAAAGAGGUCCAAGAGCAAGAAGAAUGCUACUACCACUACAGCGGAGGAAUAG